AUGCCUGGUCUCGUCAUGGACGAUGUCAGUGCAAGUGCAUCCAGAUAUUGGGGUGACUCUUACAACCGUUAUGAUAGUAAUGGGGUUCCUCAUGCCGAUAACCAUGAGAAACCAGCUCAGCAAAUGAAUGGGUUCAAAGGGGAUGGCAGCACGGGUCAAGGAUCUAACAUGGCAAUGGUUACAAAACAUGGGCAGUCUGACGCCAUGGACGAUGUUUCAUGGCAAUGGGCCCCACCACUUACGCAUAUCACCCAGGGGUUCUUCCCAUAUGCCCAACUUGUGAACAGGGCUGUACAGCAAUGUUACAACGAUCUUUGCGACGUAAUUGCGGAAUUAGCAGAGUCAACCCAACCACAACAGUCUUCACAAGCAACUUCCGCCAACGGAAAGCCGGACGCCGCCGCUAUACAAAAGAAAAUUCGAAUUUUAGAAUUUGCACAGGCUAAAAGAACAGAGUUUAUCAAGCUUCUCGUCUUAUCGCAAUGGAGUCGUCAGGCCGUGGAUGUCAGCAAGCUCAUCGAUCUGCAAAAUUUCAUUCGAACACGACAUUCAGCCUAUCAAGCGGCUGUUCAACGAGUAGCAGAUAUGAAACGGGAUUUGGUUCGGGCUCAGGUAGCUAAUCCAGAUUUACAAACUGCGUUGGAGGUCUUGACAACAGGCCGUGUGUCAAAUAUGCCAGAGUUUGGUUACAAACCGCCAAAGCCCCUAAGCCCAAGACGCCUUCUAGCAACCCUACAGAAAAUCAAUCGCAUGAUCAGCACGCGCUUAGUAACUAGCGAUGUCAUUCCACCCUCCUUUAAUGAAUACCGGGUUCAUGACGGCCGGGUUACAUUUUCUGUUAAAGGCGAAUUUGAGUUGGAUCUCUCCAUUGCGGAAGAAGAUGUUGCAUCACAAUUUUAUUUUAUCGAUAUUCGAUUUCUUUUCACUCCAUCAUCCCCGAUUCCCAAAGGUCGCUUCUUCAACGAGCUUGAUUCGCAGAUGAACAGCAUAUUGAAAGCGAAAGGCUUGACAGGCUGCUUUGACUUUCUUCACAACCUUGUCCUCGUGAAUAAAAUCAACAUUUUGUUCAAACAAGCAAUCAGUCUCUCAAGGGGUCAAUGGAUAGGUGCUCUGCGCGUCGAAUUGUUGCAUCGCAUUUUGGUCGUACACUACUGGCCAGAUAAAAGUGGUCCAAAGAGUUGGUUAGAGAUUGGUGCUCACAGCGGUCGUCAGCUACGCCAAAAAAUCUCUUACCUUGGUCUUCGGUGGAUUCGUGAAGGGAAGGAGUUUGAUUCCUCCCAUAUUCACUUUGAUAUGGAGAACCUUUCCAUGGAGUCCAUACUUCGAAGUGUAAUUGCAAUUCAUUCAUCCCACAUACUUCGCAACGUCUAUGAACGCUUCUGCACUCAAACUCUGUUUGCUAAUCAUCAACUCUCGAUCAACUUGCAAAUUUCGAGAACUGAACCGGGAAAUUGCCGCCUGAAUGUUCAACUUACGGGUUCUCGCUAUCUCAAUGCAUCGGUGGAACCUGUCUCGGGUGCCAUGUGUAUCCAUACCAUACCUUCACUAUUGUGCCGGUUAGACAAGGGAGGUAAUUCCGAUGAUGACUUGGUUAAUCGGAUCUCGCGACUUCGUUGCAUUGCAGCUAUGGAGGAAAUCGAAUCUGAUGCAAAGACAUUUGGCUGGGAAAGCGUGGAUCAUCGAAAAUUCAAGGUGGACAUCCGCCGUGUAUUCCCAAGUAACGUUCUCCGGGCCUCGUUUUUCCGUAAUCGGCUGUUUGGGAAUUCGUGGAUUAUUGCUGCGACGACUAGUUUAAGUGGUGAUGACUGGUGGUUACUGCGUCUGAAAGCGCGGCCCUCGCCGUCUCCUGAGCUUGCCGUCCACGCUCGCAUUAUUCCUGGCGGGUUUUCCGUACAGUCCACUCGGGUUUUGUCUGGUGAUCUGUUUUUGUCUUCGCAGGGUGCUAGAUAUCACUUCCCAGAUCUUGACUAUUCGCUUACCGGGGCUUUGGUCAUGUACUCGAACGCUUUGUGGCUCUCAGAGUUGGGAUAUCAGGACUGCCUCCCCCCAGUAGAGCAGCUGCAGCUUGGCUCGAGAUUGGAAGUUCCUUGUCUUUACCUCAAGUUUGAUAUUGCAAAAUUACCGAAACAGCUACGCAUUGCCCCUCUAAAUGGCACACAAAGCAAGUCCUACAUUCGAGAUACUCUCUCAAUCUCAUACCAUGGGAUUGAUUCCAGGACGAAGAAUGCAAUCGUGGUUGCGCAUGGACGAUUCCUUACACCUCUGAGGAAACUAGGUUUGAAGCGAUUGAAGCUUGAUGACUGCAUACUCCUUCGGCGAGGAGGUAUGGGUUUUGCAAUGCGUUUCCUCGUCGCUCCAGGACAGUCGAUCAUGCUCGAUCUUUUUGAGCGGAUCCAGCGACUCAACAUCGUCUUAUCUUUAUUCCGGACACUUCAGAAACACAAGAUUACUGUCAAGUCGGUAUCCUUGUCUAAUUUAUCCUUUGUGUAUGCACCGCAAGAAGGUUUCGAAGCAAACAUAGUCAUUCGGCUGGAUGGACCUGGCAACACACCCGAUUUGGAUCCUGCCAUCAUUCGUCAACAGAAUGAACCGCUUUUCCGCUUACGCCUCGAUAUAUCCUUUAAUAACCUGAGUCCGCACAACCGAAUCAAGCAGUCUCUAGGAACUAUACUUAACCGGUCAGGUCCUGGAUAUGGCGUACAAUGUGUGCUACAAUUGCUCAAACUGACCCUAUCUGUGCUUCGUGCCUUAGAUCGCCUUGUUACUGAACCGAAGCACAAUUCCGCAUUACGAGUCCAGGUUUCCAUUCGGGGGGCACAAACUUAUCAAAUUCACUACUUUGGUCUUCGAUUCCGAUUCCUACUUACUGCCUCCCAGCGGCGUGGUAGUAUCAUUUGGACGCUGAAGGACAUCAGUUCAUCGGAAGGACAACGUGAUGUGGAGCAAGCUGUGGAAGCCAAGCUGCAGGAGAAAAUCUAUCGAGGCAAAGGUGACGGUUGGCAAGGUCUCGGAAACGGUGCUGUGGCCAAAGUUGAUCAAGUCGGAAACCUGCUUUCAGAGCUGGAUUCUUGUUUCGCGGAUCUGACGCCGCCUUCAGCACCGCCAGAGAAAGCAGCAUUAUGUGAGGCUGCAGAGAAGAAAAUGAGUAAGAUAGUCAAGGACAAAGGACCCAAGACGAAUGGACCCUCGAGGAUGCCUAAUCGACAUCCGCAGGGAGCGCCGAAGGAAUCUGAUGUAAUUACGAUUGACUAGUUGCAAGUAUUGCUCUGGAUAGUGAUACA